UGAUGGGAAGCUGGAUAUAGAAGAGGGUCCUGUCUAUAUCAACAUGCCCUUUUCAAUUGAAGAGGGCACAGAUCAAUCGUUUACUGAUUUUAGGAAAAUCAUAUUUAUCACUGGAGCAGUUUUCCAGUUGGUCUUGGCUGUGGUCCAAUAUUCCACUUUCUGGUAAUACAGAAAAAAAAACGAGCGUGUAUAGCGUAAAAUAUUAUGUACAAAAAAUAUAUUACGCUGGUUAAAAAUUCAAAAGAAUGUAUCAUGCUUUAUGUGCUUUUGCUUCUAAACGAUUCUAUUAGCAUAAGUGUGUAUAUAUAUAAUUUUUUAUCACCGGAUGCUACUAGUUAAUAUCGAAUAUACUCUGUACCUGUUGUAACACUCCUUCUGACCAAUCUAUGUUAUUUCAUCCAACUCUGAUGACUAUCACAGACAAAUUUGUCACGACUAGACAUUUUAAUUGCUGUUCCGUAGCUCACCGCAAUUGUAUUCUAUGAAAUUUUCGUAUUUUAUAAUUACAGCUGUCCUAUUAUUUACUGAAACAUAAGAAUCAGAGGCAUAUACUUAAUGAUAUUCAUCGUUAUAAUAUUUUGUGCGUUAGUUCAUCAUUAUAAAUUAUUUUCUGAAAUAUUUUCCACAGGAUCUGUUGAGAUACAGUCACGGUUCUUCCCCGUAUACAGCCUUCUCGGUUUUACCUAUAAAAAUAAAUGGAGGAAAGACAUGACUGUAAGUCAGAAUCAUUAUCUUUGGCAGGAUAUGUAAUACUAUACCAAAAUUAAAGAUACAGCAGAGUCAUGAGAUGGCCAGAAGGUAAUUUCGUGGGUCAAUAUAAUUCCGUCGGAGGUGCGCGAGUACUCCCGACUCAACCCGGAAUAAUCUUGCUUCGGGUACAGUCGCCCGCCGAAAUAUUGACCAGCUCUAUCAUCAUUCAUACAGUCCCAUAGAAUUUCAAUGUCCUACCGCAAUCAGUGGAGUAUACGUGCUGAUAAGAAGCAAACCUUUUCAAUACCCGUAGAAAGCUGUAAAAGAUCAGAGGAUGUAAAGGGAUCAGUAGUAGCGGUAAGAAGUCAUUGAGGAGUCAGACAAAACUAGAUCCUCGACUGUACUUCGAGCAUUAUGUACCAGUACAGUCCCAGAGAUGCUAAAUAGAGUUAGGAAUUCGAAAAUGUCGUCUGGCGUAACGAAAAUGAAUAAAAAACAAUAAUAAGGAUUGCGUAUUAUCAGGAAAAGAUAUAUGCUACGCAGAAGAAUAACUUUUGGCGCGGAUGCCAAGGUACUGGCGUUAACUAUCGCGGGGACAAAAUAACUUCCACAGACUGUACAGCUGGCGUUUCCGUACAGUCCACGGAACUGUAAUUGACGACGCUCGCGCGUAAAGUGAAAAUUAUCAGUGUGUGUUUAAAUUUCUCAGUGAUGCGACAGUUGUUGCAUGUAGGAUGAUUAUCGGGUCUGUUCAUUGAUAGAAUCAAAGCCAUUUUGGUGGAAGAUUAUUUUCUAUAAUACAGUCAAAGCCCGAGUCGAGUACACGAGACAAAAGAAUCUCGACGGACUGUACAACCGAAGUUGUAUUGACUGAAGCGUUUUCUUCGUGUUGCUGCAUUUCGCUUAAACCGGAAUGUAUUCCGUGCGUUACUUGUGAAAACACAGAGCCACGCUGGUUCCCCGUGAGAUUAUAAACCGUCAAUUAUACGGGAGAAGGAUUGUACAAGUGCAAUCGAGGAAAUUAUUUGACUACGGUCAACCAAUGAGACUGCAAUCCACGGACGCUCGAGUCUCGGGAUCGUCGACGCGACGAUGUCCAAAACGAGAAAGAAAUCUCGCUUUUUGAGAGAACCUGUAAUUACGGGAUUGUAUGCGAGCUAGGACAUAUUCGCCGAUGCUUUUUGCAAUUAACACAAAGAGGAAGAAACGUCGCGAGACACCCUGUUUGUUUAACCUGAUUUGUUAGGUUUUUGAAAAAGCUACUUGUAGAGUACUGCCAUUUGUCACGUGGCCUUGUUUCUUUUAUCACGUCACUUUCGCGUGAAAUUUAAAUUCCCUGUGGGCUCGGCCGAUACAGUGGUUUCUAUAUUUUUUAUUUAGUGUAUAACAGGUAGUGGGAAAAAAGACAAUGGGCAAGACUAGGGGUGUUCAUGAAACUACCCCCGAGUUGAGAAAUCGAAUGGUGGGAAUGUAUGAAGCUGGUUUGGGACUUAGGGAAAUAGCAGCUGCUGUAAAUUGUUCUCAACGCACCGUGAAGAGGUGGUUGAAUCGGUUUGAUAAAGAAGGAACAGUUGAGACUCGAGAGAGAUGUGGUCGAAAGAGAGCUACUACUGUCGAACAAGAUGAAGCUAUUAUACGUCUUGCUACGCAAACUCCUAUAACAGCUGCUAAAGCUGUGCUUCCAGCUUUAGGUCUCACUUGUUCCGUAGACACUGUAAGAGAAAGGCUUCACAAGGCUGGAAUUCAUAAUUGGAGUCCAUCGAGGAAACAUAUGCAAAGGAUUCCACUGGGCAGCGAAGGUGAAAGCGCAGCAAUUCAACAAGCUGUUUGGCGUCCCACCGGUACCCAACUGGGUAAGAAAAAGGCAAUAAAAGGCUCUAGCAGUAAAGCGAAGAAGAAUCCAGGCAGUGGCAAGAAAAAGAACGUACCCAAGAAAGUGCGAGCAAGAGAUAUCUACGUAGGGGAUGGUGCUCCUCUUGAACCCGUUAAGCAACCAAUUGUCCAGCCAACAUUUGUUUUUCCUUCGCAACACAAUGUACAACCAUCAUCAAGUAACGAAAUGCAAACUCCACCGCAACCUUUACCCUCCAGUCAGACCCAGUUCAGCAACGCUCUAAGUCUGGUUCAGCAGCCACAGCCUGUAUAUCAACAUCCAGGACUGAACGUCGCCCAAAAUUGGCCCUUGGAUUUGGUCCAAGGAAGUCAUCAUUAUCCGCAGGGACAACCUAAUCCAAUACCUCACGAUCAUCCACCUCAACAGCAACAACUUCAGGAACUUCACACGCAACAAGAGCAGCAACAACAAGCCCAGCAACAGGCUCAGCAGCAAGCUGAACAACAAGCUCAGCAACAGAUACAAGAACAGGUUCAACAGCACAAUCAGCAAACCCAUCAUCAAAGUCUCGAUCACUCGCAACAUCAACCUCAGCAACUACAGCAUCAACACCCACCCCAAAAACUACCAAGUCCUCGGGCGUGUAAAAAUGUCAGAUCGGAUAGUUGCUCAAAUUCCUGUAGCUCGAACGACAAUAGUCAAAUGUCAGAUGGCGAUGCUGAGUGUAGUAAAGAUGGUAUGAAAGAUGGAAGUGAAGGAAAAUCGAGAAGAAAGAAAAAAGGUGGCAAGGCGAAAGGAACUCUAGAAACUAGUGUGGAAAUCAGGAACAGGAUGAUAGGGAUGUCGGAAGCUGGACUGUCUACGUUAUCUAUUGCACUAGCAAUUAAUAGAUCAGAGCGUACAGUGAAAAGGUGGUUGGAACGUUGGCAUAAAGAAGGCAAUGUUCAAACAAAAGAAAGAAAAGGUCGUCGACGAAUAACAACGAAGGAGGAAGACGAAGCAAUAAUCGCAAUGGCCACUCAGCAUCCUCUCACAGCUGCUAAGUACGUUGCACCAGCUUUGGGAUUAAAAUGCAGUGUCGAUACCAUCAGAGAGAGGUUGCAUAAAGCUGGAAUUCAUAGCUGGAAACUUGGAAAGAAACAAGGGGAAGGAAACGCAGUCCACACUGUACACCUUUGGCAACCCAGUGGUAACCGUCCUAGCAAACCAAAGCUUCCCGGUGAGAAGAAGAAGAAAUCAUCUGUAGGUAAAAAGCAUGAGCAAACCUUAGGCGAAACUCCUAAGAGAGCGCCCAGGAAGAAGAGAACGGAACCGGCACCAUUGAAGAUGGUGCCGCCACCUGCAAAUAUGAUACCUGAACAAAAUACAAUACAAUUUCAUAAUCCUGCAACAAUAGCGAGCUAUGUUUCAGCACCUAACAUAAUGCAACCAGUACACAAUAUUUCUGCACCACCGCCAACGCUCGCACCUCCGCAGCCACCUCCACCGCCAGGUCCUCAAGGACCACCACCUGGUCCACCUCCAAUGCAACCUAUGGGCCCUAUUAUGCAACAGAGACCAGACUGCAGAAUGAUACCACCGGUUUCAAGUCAAGGAAGCAACGCCGUUGUUUAUCCUUCCUGUAUGGUUGGUAGCAACAGUCAUGCAGGUCAUAUGGAACAACCGGAUCCAUUGAAUUAUGAGCCAUACAUUUGGAGCUUCUAAAUCAAGUAGGUCACCAGACUAAAAUUAUGAAAUUUGUAUAGGCAGCCGUGCAACUUUAUUUGCUCUGGAUGAAUAUCAUUUAAUGAUGACUUCUAGCAAAGGAAUUUUAAUAUAAGGUGAUUCGCAAUAUUAGAUUAUAACAAAGAUGCAUAUAUGCAAUGCAAUUAUCAUCCCAGUGAGUGUUUACCAGUAAUUUUGAAACGUUCUACUAGUUUUUAAGAUUUUAAAUCCUGGAGUAUCCUGGUGAUUUUUAGUGUCGAUCAGUUAGUCCAUCUUAAUUAGUCGUAAGGAAGAGUUUGAAGGAUGUAUAUAAAGUGAUCAUGUCAAUAUCAAGCAUCUAUUACAUUCAUAUUGAUACGCAGUACAGAUUGAAGUAAUAGUGAGUUACUAAGUCGAUCUCGAAGUGAAAGAGUUUUGCGAGUAUAUAUAUAUAUAUAUUAUAUAUAAAGUCUGAAUUUUAUACUAAAUUAACAAUUAGAUUUAGGAUAAAAUGGAAUUUUAUUGUUUUUACUUUCUAUGCUGAGGACAGUGAUUCAAAAACAUUGUCUUCGCAGUAAGGAUUAAGUAUAACUACUUCAAAGGAAUUAGGAUUGUUAUUCUCUAGACUUCAUUAAGUCUAUAAUAACGUUUAUUGAUACUGAGUAGUGCAUUAAGCUUAUCUGAUAGUUUUUUUACCUACACCUCGUGAUUUCCUUUUGCGAAAUCCCAUUUUAAAUAUGUACAGAAAAACAAAGUAUUAUUUACCAAGAUAGAAAAGUCAGUUGAUAUGUGAUUCUGAUUGAUAAAUGAAUAUUAAGUUCUCAGGUACGUUGCUUAUUAAAAGUAUCGUUGAUUGUAAUGACAUCGCAAUUAUUAUUACUUUUUUUUUUAAAUCUCUAACAAAUUUUAUUCGCCUACUGUAAUAAUAUUCUUUUCUAUGCAAAGUUUACUUUAUAAAUAACUAUUUUUGUUAACGACACGUUAUAUAAUGAUGUCUUUAUGAAGCAUAUAUCCACAAUGGUAUUCUGUGCCCACCGCUCUAUUUAAAAAUAUCUUUAUUUUUAUCAGGAAAUUCUUUUAUCAUGACUUACGGAGGGUGAGAAAUUGCAACUUGAAAGAUGCAUUGUAAAUUGAAGUCUCAGGUUACAUUAA